CUCACCCCUGACCUCUCCUCCUUAUCCUCAGUCUCAAGUCUACGUCCCUCCCUAAUCCUUAAACCCUUCUCUUCUUCACACAGUCACACAGUAGGAAGAAGAAGUAAACAACAAUGGCUUGUGCAGCAAAGCCUGUAUUGAAUACUUUAACAAUGGCCACAAACAGUUCUUGCAUAGUUUCACUUCCAUCCCUUUUCUCCACGAAUUCAAGUAAACUCUCAGUUUUGUCAAAACCCAUCAAGCUUAAUCUAUCCUGUUGUCAAUCUUACUCUUCUUCGCCGUUGUUGUCCUCUUUAUUAUCCCUAAAGAAGAAGAAAGAUUCCGUCUUUGGUACUGUUCUUUCUGCCGUGGCCGCUCAAGAAGAGGAUAACACUCUGGUUCUCGCGGAAGAGGAGGAGCAAGAAUUCGGCAAUGGGGAUUCUGAAUUUGAAGGUGGUGUUUCUGAGGGGGAAAGCGAAGGUGGGUUUGUAGGGUUUGCUGGGAGUGAGGAGGGAGAUGAUAAUGAGGGAGAGUUCCAGGAGCCUCCCGAAGAUGCCAAAUUGUUUGUUGGGAACUUGCCGUAUGAUGUGGACAGUGAGAAAUUGGCUCAGCUUUUUGAGCAGGCUGGUGUUGUUGAAAUCGCUGAGGUUAUAUACAAUAGGGAGACUGACCAGAGCCGUGGCUUUGGGUUUGUGACAAUGAGCACUGUGGAGGAAGCUGAAAAGGCCGUGGACAUGUUCAACCGUUAUGAUCUAGGUGGGAGAUUCUUGACUGUCAACAAGGCUGCCCCAAGAGGAUCACGGCCUGAACGUGCACCUAGAGUGUUUGAGCCAGCCUCCAGAAUCUAUGUGGGUAACUUACCUUGGGAUGUGGAUGAUGCACGUCUUGAGCAAGUGUUCAGUGAGCACGGGAAAGUGGUCAGUGCACGUGUAGUUACUGAUAGGGACAGUGGACGAUCACGGGGUUUUGGCUUUGUGACAAUGUCCAGUGAAUCGGAAAUGAAUGACGCCAUUGCUAACCUUGAUGGCCAGAGUCUGGAUGGGAGGGCUAUCAAAGUAAAUGUUGCUGAACAAAGACCAAGACGCACUUUCUAAUCAGUGAGCAGACAGCUGGCUGAGAUUGAAAUAUGGCACCAGAUGAAUUUCAAGAUUUUGUGAAGCUUUUGUUUUUGUUGGUUGAGACCCUGAUGGUUCCAUUAGUUGAGGAUGAAGCUUCAUUUGUCGAAUUCCUUAGUUAAUUCAAUUUGUUGCUCUUUUGUGUAUUAACCUUUGUAGGAUGUCAAAACUUUUCCGGUAGGUAUGAAUAUGUGGAAAGAAAAACGUUCUGCUCAGUCGUGAACUAAGACUGCUGCAUAAUCUGUUCCGAGGAAAUGUGUAGUCAGUAGUCAGUCCUGAGCUACUACAUCCUAAAGCGUAAAUGGUCAACACAUUGGCACAACAUAUGUUCUUUACACAUUCUUGCCAACCUAAACGAUUCUAGGAAAACACAACAUUAAGUUUAAGGCUGCUUUUUUUUUUGUU